AGGCCUACUAUUUUUUGUGGAUCACUGAAUUUAGCGCAAAAAUAUCUGAUUUCAGAUUCUUCUCAACCGCAUGAAUCGACAAUAUUGAAUAUUGAUUGACGAGUUGUUGAAUAGUAGCCUAUCAUCAGUGAUCUACGAUAAUUUAUUUCACUGCAAUAAAAACAACAUACCAAUAUUAUAGCUUGAUAAUUUGAGUUAAUUUAUCAAGAAAACAACUUCACUUUACCAGCCAAAGCCCAUGAUAAUUGAUUGCUUGCUAAAAACAUCCAAAUCAAUCGCCUUUGAAAAUGACCUUGACCUGCGCCCAUGCCCUACUCACUGACGAUUGACGACCAAAUAGGCUACUAUACCGGUAUGAGCUGAGAUAACACAGAAGUUUUGACGUUUGCCUUUCACAAUUUAACAUAAGCCAGUGGGCUUCCGCUUCAUUUUGGACUACUCUGUAACAAGUAGGCUAGAAGUUGGACUGUGAUAACUAAAUUCUAUCAAUAAUUGAAAAAAGUUAGGUAGUGUAGGUACCGCUAUUCAUCAGAGGUAAACUCCAUUCGUACACUGAUAAAACAUUCUCGCACUGAUAAGUCAUUGUACCUAACUUACCGUUAGAUAUCCAAUUUUAAUAACUAAUAAACGUGAUUGAAUAAAUGGCUGAGCCGAAUAGUAAUUUUAUUAGGGAAAUAGCUGUUGUCAAUACAGAGAAUGACGUUAUUGAAAGACUUGCUCACAUAUUACAAGAAGAAGCGAAUCGUUCGAUCAAGGAUGAUGGAUUGUUCAAGAUUGGAUUAUCAGGUGGAUCUCUUGUUACAAUGCUACCGAAAUCUCUGAAAAGCAUCUCAACAGAAUGGGAAAAAUGGAGGUUUUUUUUCUGUGAUGAGCGUAUUGUACCAUUUGACAGUAGCGACUCAACAUUUGGCGCCUACAAGAAAACUCUCAUCGGAUCAUUCCCAAUUGAAGAAUCUCAAUUUGUUACAAUUACUCCAGGUUUAUCAGCCGAAGAUGCAGCCAAGGAUUAUAUCCAGAAGAUGUGUGUCUACUUUCCGCCUGACACGUUGCCCAAGCUGGAUGUGCUGCUGUUGGGCAUGGGCCCUGAUGGGCACACCUGCUCCCUCUUCCCCGCCCACAAGCUGCUCAAGGAGACCUCAGUGUGGGUGGCCGCCAUCACCGACUCCCCCAAACCACCCCCCUCCCGCAUCACCUUCACCUUCCCUGUGCUCAACAAUGCGCGCUUCUGCAUUUUCCCCAUUAUUGGUGCUUCGAAAGCGGCUAUGGUCAAGAAUGUACUUGAGGACGAGUCAUACCCUGCUGGACGCGUGAAAACUGUUCAACCAGGAAAGACUGUUUGGAUUCUUGAUGAAGCAGCAGCUACUGAUUACAAGAACAGUUCUACUUAAAUUUGCAAAACAAUUUCAAGCUUUCCAUUAUCAUUGUUCAACGUAUAAUAAGUAGUCUCACAUUUAUUAUUGUUUGAAUGUUGGAACAAUAAUAAGCCUUUUUUAUUAUUGUUUUAACUGUUAAAACAAUAAACUAAUGCGCCUUAUAUUUAUUAUUGUUUGAAUGUGGAAAUAAUGAUAAGCCUUCUUAUACAUUCCAAUCACUCGACUGAUCAGUUAUAAAUAGCUGGAAAGAAUUGUGCAUUUAAUAAUGUUUUAUACACUUGUUUUGUUAAUAAACAGUUUUUCAAUGUG